ACGAGAGGAUUCGGACCCGCUUCCUCGGCAGCAUCCACGACGCUUCGCCAAAGAGAACGAGAGGGUCACAAGUUCCGGUCGGCCGGCAGUGCAGGAACAGCGGCAACGGCAGCGAUUGCGGCGGCAGCAGCAAACUAGAGCGCCCGAGUGAAAAAGGAACGAGAGAAGGAUGAGCCAGACGGAUCAGCAGCAGCCGCAAGAGCAAGAUAAGAGCAUGGAUAAGAAGGAGAUCGCGGACGAGGAGAGAGAGAAGAUGCUGAACGCGGAGAACACGAAGCACACGGGCGCCGCCCCAGCACCGGAUCUCGAGGCCGAGGAUCACAAGCCCAAGAGGAAAAUACCCAUUGGCGGCAUCAAGAUGCCCGGUUUUUGCCGAUCAAAGAGCAAGGAGCCCUGCAAGGAAGAGGAUACGAAGCCCGCGGAAGCUGGCGACGGCGAGGCUCCAACCAAGGAUGGCGAGAUGGCACCCACUGAUAAGGCAGGCGGCGGCGGCGGCACCCCCGUCAAGGAGACCAAGGAAAAGGAAGGGCGCAAGGGGAUCCUUGAAGCCAUCCGCCUACCAUUGUCCUCCGUUUUCUCAAGGAAGAAGAAGGAGUCUGAUACUGAUUUGGGAACGACCGGCACCGCGGGUCUUGCAAGCGUCGAAACGCUGGACGACGGCACGCAGGUGAACAAUAAUGCCGGUGCCGGAGGCGAUGACGGCAUGGAAACUGUACGUCUAGAUGUCGAGGCCGCGGACGGGGUGCUCACCAAGCCUCAUCCGUUGAUCGUAUGUCUCACCGCCGCCAGGAGGAACGUCGUCGUCAGCGCCGUAACGCUUCUUAUUCUGCUGCUCGUCGUCAUAAUAAUCUGCGUGGCGUGCGUCGGUCCCCGUCGCAUCGUCGCUCAGCCGAUAAAGGAUGGCAAAGUCGAGACCCAGACGUCGUGCGGCCUCGUACAGGGCCUCCUUGAAGACGACGCCUUCGUGUUCCGCGGCAUACCGUACGCGGUGCCGCCGGUAAAUAACCGACGUUGGCAGCCGUCGGAGCCGCUACGCAAGAUCGAGCACUGCUGGAACGGCACCUACCUGGCCCACAACAGUUCCGAGAUGUGCUGGCAGCACAACGCAUCCAACGGCAUCAACGGCGUCGAGGACUGCCUUUACCUGGACGUGUACACGCCACAGGUGCUUUACGACCGGCCACUACCCGUGGUCGUCAUGAUCGGCGCCGAUACACUCAGUGGACCCUCGCCAGGCAUCAUGAUCCCAUCGGGAAAGCUCGCGAGAGUACGCGAGAUGGUUUACGUCAGACCUAACUUCAGAUUGGGCGUUUUUGGCUUCCUAGCAGUGGAGCCAUUGUCCCGUGCGGCCCAUCCAAUGAGCUCCGGCAAUUACGGGCUUUCGGACAUCAUCACCGUCCUACAGUGGGUUCAGCUCAAUAUCGAGCACUUUGGCGGUGACAAGAAGCAGGUGACCCUCUGGGGCCACCGGGCCGGCGGCACUUUGGUAACUGCUCUCGUUGGCGCCCGUCGUGCUAAGGAUUUGUUCGCACGCGCCUGGAUCUCAAGUGGCAGCGCUAUUUUCCCGGCUCGCGAUCUCCGCGACUCUGAGAAGCAGAACGAGGCUUUCCUCGACUAUAUUAGGUGCAAAGAUGCUUCCUGCAUGAAAAAAAAGAAUGCCGAAGACGUGAUGGAGCUGGUACCGUCUUCGUGGCACUCGACCAACGCCGGAUUACCGGAUCUCAAGACGGUUAAUAGUACGAAGCACGAGUGGCUGGUCAAAGACGAUAUUAUUAUUCAACAGCACAUUGGCGAGAUUUUCUCACAGAAGGAAUUGCCCGUUAAGGUGGUGAUGGGCACGACUGCACAGUCUGGGCAGCUGGUCAAAUCAUUAUCCUAUGAUCGUACAGUCGAUCCUCAGGAGAUACGGAACAUUUACUCAGAAUCGUUACUUGAAAGCAUUGUACAAGCCGAUCAGGUUUUUGCCCAAUACAAUUCGACGGUCAAAGGAUUGCACACAAUUAUCUCGGAUGUUCGCGUAGUCUGUCCCCUAAUGACCGUUGCGACAAUGAAGAGCGAUAUCCCAUUCUACAUAUCGACCUUCCCACGGGACGUCAUUGCCGACGUAGACAGUGACGCGGCCGCCAUCCUCGGCUUUUUCCCAGCGAAGACGCCUGAGCAAAAGAGGCACUUGCAAGCGAUGCAGCAGCUAUUCAAUCACUUUGUUUGGCAUGGCGAGGUGAAGGAGGCCGAUAGUGGUAAAAGGAUCCUCAUAGUCGACCAGGACAUUCUGCCGAGGGCUGGCUACGAGAACUGCAAACUAUGGAUCGACAAAGCAAUUGUUCCAGCCUAUGCAAGGGUAGAUUAAGUGUUUAUCAAUUAAUCGACUUCGUUCUCACGAGACAUGAAUUUUAUUGAGUUGGAGAAGUGAUCGUUACUACGCAUCGGUAGGAAUGAGCCGGGAAGAACCUCUGUCUUCGAAACCAUUGAAAAAUUCGUAGAUCUUAUAUUAUAUAUGGAUUUUUUUUUACCCUUCUUUAAGGAUUUUUGAAAUUUAUUAGCAAAUUGGUGUAUGCGCCUUUGUUAUUGGUCACUGAUUUGAUAAUAGUUUUCUAAAUUGGCAUUUUUAAGGUUACACAUAAAUAAUUCAAAUAGUAAGUCUUGAGAUUUACCGACAAUUGUGUCGUAGAAUGCCAUAGAACAUCACAUUGAUUUUAAGUUUAAGUCAAUUCUAAUAUCAUUUUUAAAUAAUAUUUAUAUAGUAUAAUAACAAAGAAAAGAAGUACUAUA